AUGAUGCCCAGUUUGCACAGCUCCACGAUCCUCGCGGCUUACAUCAUCAUCUUCCUCACUGGUCUCCCCGCCAACCUGCUGGCUCUGCGGGCCUUCAUGGGGCGGGUCCGCCAGCCCCAGCCCGCACCCGUGCACAUCCUCCUGCUCAGCCUGACGCUGACUGACCUCCUGCUGCUGCUGCUGCUGCCCUUCAAGAUCAUGGAGGCUGCGUCCGAUUUCCACUGGUAUCUGCCUGAUGUAGUCUGUGCCCUCACAGGUUUUGCCUUUUUCAGCAGCAUCUACUGCAGCACUUGGCUCCUGGCGGGUAUCAGCAUUGAGCGCUACCUGGGAGUGGCUUUCCCUGUGCAGUACAAGCUCUCCCGUCGGCCCCUGUAUGGAGUGAUUGCUGCUCUGGUCUCCUGGAUCAUGUCCUUUGGUCACUGCACCAUUGUGAUCAUCGUUCAGUACUUGAACUCAACCCAGCAGGCGGGAUACAGCAAUGAAGUGACCUGCUAUGAGAACUUCACCCAAGAGCAGCUGGACGUGUUGCUGCCUGUGCGGCUGGAGGUGUGCCUGGUGCUCUUCUUCAUUCCCAUGGCGGUCACCAUCUUCUGCUACUGGCGCUUUGUGUGGAUCAUGCUCACCCAGCCCCACGUCGGGGCCCAGAGGCGGCGCCGAGCUGUGGGGCUGGCUGUUGUGACACUUCUCAAUUUCCUGGUGUGCUUUGCACCUUACAACAUAUCCCACCUGGUGGGGUUUUUCACGAGGGAAAGCCCUGAAUGGCGGGCGGAAGCUGUGGUGUUCAGCUCACUCAACGCCAGUCUGGACCCCCUGCUUUUCUAUUUCUCUUCUUCGGUGGUGCGCAGAACCUUUGGAAAAGGGCUGCAGCUGCUGCGGAAUCAGGGCUCCUCCCUGUUGGGAUGCAGAGGCAAAGAGACAGCAGAGGUAACGAAUGGGGACAGGGGUGUAAGUCAAGCAGAAGGGGCGCCAAAUUUGGACUUCACCACAGACUAG